AACUAUAUUUAGGCAUAAUUACGAUACCGGUUUGCAUUCAAUGUUUGUCGAAUGAGUUUUGGCGCGAGUUUGCUCAAGUGGAAGGACACGGCAGCGCGUCGGUCUUUAAAAUUAAAUGGUCUCCGUUUGCCGGUCGCCACACCCACCGCCUUCUUCUGUCCGCGUGGGCGCUGUCAUGCCGCAACGAGGAUUUGCGGUUUUUGAACGUUUUUUGAAUUAAAUUUUACUAAACGAUCUCUUUUGAGCGAAGUUUAGACAUUUGCCUGCUGUUUUCCCGACGCGUUUUCUGAAGAAAGGUUUUGAAGAUGUUGCAAGGCUGCUCCCCAUCCCACGAUUGGCUCUGCGAGUCGGAACCGCUGCUGUUUGACGACGAGUUUUGUCAGAGUCUCAUGAAAGAUUUGCAGUCCAUCCCCACGCCGCCACAGUCUCCUCCGAUGAAGCCCGGACUCGGGAAGCCUCUGUCGUCCGUGGAUCAGUUGGAGUUGGUAUCUGAACUGUUGAUGGAGGACAGCGACUUUCUCCAUUUGGACUGGACUUGUGGUUUUACUACACCGGCGGACGAUACGCUCGCGCAGGACUGUCUAUGGCCCUCCGGCGGAGAUAAACAUAUCGAGGACAAACUUUGCGCGGUACUCUCCACGAGUCCCUUGCUCUCCGAUAUUGACACUCAGAUUUUUGCCGAGAUCGCCGGCUCUACGCUGGAUUGCCACAACGUGGCGCUCGCCUGUCAAGCUCUGGAGAGCGGCGAUUUACCUUUGGAUAGUGAGGAACAAAUCGAGUCCACAUCCGAUUAUGGUUCACUUUCCACCGGAGGAGAAUCAUCUACUAGCGAUUCUGAGGAGGAAAUUGACGUCGUGACCGUCAGGCGAUCCAGCACGUUAACGCGCUCGCAACACCAGCAGCAGCUGGACGACACCAGGCGCGAGCAGCAGCGCGCACUCAAGCGCCAUCAUUUUGAAAUUCAACAGCAGCACAACUACGCCGCCCCUCGUCCCGCUUCGCCGCCUCCGGCACCGCCCUCGCCUCCUCUCAAACGCACCCGUGCACUCGGAGACUCCCAGCGGAGCGCGCACAGCUCGGGGCGCUCCCGGAACUUCGCGUCACGGCAGGGGGUGGACACGGAAGAUGAUGAGGAGAGGCGGAGGUCUCACAACGUGAUGGAGAGGCAAAGGCGCAACGAGUUGAAGAACUGCUUUGUGAGACUUCGAGACAACGUCCCGGAACUGUCCAGUAACGACAAAGCAUCAAAGGUUGUGAUUUUAAAGAUUGCUAAAGAAAGCAUCAGGAAUCUGGAAGCAGAGAGCCAGAAACUGAAUCAGAAAAAAAACAAACUUCGAGAGAGGCAAGAACAGUUAAGAGCCAAACUUGAAAAGCUCAAAAGGCUUUGAGCUGUUUCGGACUAAAUUUGGGUCGUCUUGCACCCAGCAGACCUGAGGACUGUGAUGGUAAAGUGAUGUGUACUAACAAAUCAACACUUGUUGACUGACUUUAAAGAAAAAUACCUCAAUACCCGUGAGGAGAGUUUGGAAAUCUGCUAAGUUCUGUUUAAAAACACGCAUGGUCAAUGCAAGAAACGUUCUCGGUGUAGUAACUUUCUAUGCCAGUAUGUUCAUGAGUCUUAAUGUUUCAUAUACUGUAUGUUUAAAUGUUAACUCAUUGCCAGUUAAAAGUAUAGUUAUCUGUAAAUUAUCAUCACACGUUCACCUUGUGUCUUUGACGUACACCAUUAUUGUAACAUUUUGGCUGGAUCCAAAGGAUGGUAAACAUAAGGGGUUGAUUGUAAUUUGCACCCGAUUAAAUUUUCAAGACAAAAGUUUGCAUUCGAUGUUCAAACUGGAAAUCUAAGCGUAUUGGAUAUCCCGCAUAGCUUGUUGUGGUUUGGAGUUUAGGGGGAGUAUUUGUACUUGAAUCACACUCUGUUUUCGAUUCCACGUGUCUUUAACUGUGUUCGUUGUCAAUUAUUGUAUGUUCCUUUUUGUUUUUUUGUCUACCUCUACCAACCAGGAAGUGACCUGGCUAUUUUAUUGCCUUCAUAAUGGCAAGUGUACAGAUUUAUUUUUCUCGGUAUAUUUCAUGUAAAUACAACCUGUUAAUUAUGUAUCAUAAAUUAUUUAGGCUUUUUCUUGGUUUAUUUGCAGGUUUUUGGAAAAAAAAGUUCUGUUCUUUCUCAUCUGCACUUUGUUUUAUAAAGUAAUAAAGAAUGGGCAACAUAA